AUGCAUUGGUCCUUCCAGAGAAAGCACCAAAGCUACAAGGGCCAGAGGAGACUGCCUCCCGGGCCUCGGCCGUGGCCCGUUGUCGGCAACCUCCCGCAACUGGGCCCUAAGCCUCACCAGUCGAUAGCAGCCAUGGCCCGGGUACACGGCCCGCUCCUGCACUUGAAGAUGGGAUUCGUGCAUGUCGUCGUGGCCGCCUCUGCCCGUGUGGCAGAGCAGUUCUUGAAGGUGAACGAUAGCAACUUCUCGAGCAGGCCCCCGACCUCGGGAGCCGAGCACAUGGCUUACAACUACCAAGACUUGGUUUUUGCUCCGUACGGGCCUCGGUGGAGGUUGCUCCGCAAGAUUUGCGCCCUCCACUUGUUCUCUACCAAGGCCUUGGAUGACUUCAAGCACGUCCGGCAGGAAGAGGUGGGGAUUCUUGCUCGGGCGCUGGCGAGCGUGGGGACCACGCCAGCUACCAUAGGCGACAUGCUCAACGUGUGCACCACAAACACCAUUGCCCGUGUGAUGAUAGGUCGGAGGGUGGUCGACCACGGUUUUGGCCGUGGUGAUGCCAAGGCCGACGAGUUCAAGUCGAUGGUGGUGGAGCUCAUGGUGUUGGCCGGCGUUUUCAACGUGGGUGACUUUAUCCUGCCCCUAAGGGGACUCGACUUGCAAGGCGUGACCGCCAAGAUGAAGAAGCUCCACGCGCGCUUCGACUCGUUCUUGACCGCGAUUCUCGAGGACCACAAGGUCGGGUCGUGUGACGGUAAAGAGGGACGACACGUGGAUUUGUUGAGCACGUUGAUCUCGUUGAAGGACGUUGACGAUGGCGAGGGAGGAAAGAUUACGGACACCGAGAUUAAAGCAUUGCUCUUGAAUCUAUUUACGGCAGGGACCGACACAACCUCGAGCACGGUGGAAUGGGCCAUAGCCGAGCUCAUCCGCAAUCCGAAAAUCAUGGCCCAAGCCCAACAAGAGUUGGACUCGGUAGUCGGUCUCGAUCGUCUCGUAACCGAAUCGGACCUCGCUCGUCUCACGUUCCUCCAAGCCGUCGUCAAGGAGAACUUCCGUCUCCACCCGUCCACACCACUCUCGGUGCCGAGAAUCGCGCAAGAGGACUGCGAGAUCGAUGGGUACCUAAUCCCCAAGGGCUCAACCCUCCUAGUGAACGUGUGGGCCAUAGCUCGUGAUCCGAACACGUGGGUCGACCCACUAGAGUUUCGACCAGGCCGAUUCUUGGCGGGUGGGGAAAGGCCCAAUGCCGAUGUAAGAGGGAAUGACUUUGAAGUCAUACCUUUUGGGGCGGGCCGUAGGAUUUGCGCCGGGAUAGGAUUGGCCACACGUAUGGUCCAACUGCUGACGGCAACUUUGGUCCAUGCGUUCGACUUUGAGCUUGCGAACGGGAGGUCGGAAAAGGGCCUCAAUAUGGAGGAGGCUUUCGGGCUAACGUUGCAAAGGGCAGAGCCAUUGAUGGUUCAUCCUAGGCCUAGGCUUGCACCUCAUGUUUAUGAGGCCUAG